AUGCAACACGUCACAGGCUCUGCCGUAACGACCUCCAUGAAGCUGAGGAAAAUGGAUGCAACAGAGCUCCUUUAUUAUGACUUCGCCAAAUUCUGUCCGCCCUUCUCUGUGCACGGGCGCUCAUCAUUCGUUGGGCCGCUGAAUGCCUUUUGCUACCAGCUCCUGGCUGUGGAUCCGCACUUCGGUCCGCUGCUUGCACCGUUCAAGGUCCACAAGGGCUACAGCAAAGUGGAUUUCGAGAUCUUUACCAAGAGGCUGAAUAAUCUCACUGGCUACUGGUAUGCCAUGAGCAGCGUGAUCAACAAGUUUUCUUCGGAGCACUAUUGGAAGUAUCGACAGGCUCGCAAAAACUCUACUGCCCUGGCGUGCUCUCUUAUAUGGCAUAGGCCAUGCCUACCUGGUGCUUAG